AUGCCGACAACAUCCUCUCCCACAUCUUCAACUUCCACCGCGGAAACCACGCUCCCUACACCCGACCAGUCUUACGCUUCUAGACGCUCUUCGAUCAAUUCCCCUUACAUCUACUCCUACUCAAUGUCAGAAGAUCAGGAGAAUAUGAAUGGAGAUCUCUUCUCCCCAGAUGGCCUUAGAUCCAAUGGAAACGAAACUCCCAAAGGUAAACGCAAAGCUAGCACGGCACCUGCAUUAGCCACGGAUCCAACACUGUCACACUCCAAUGGUAUCUCUUCACCUACACCCUUCUCGCGUCGACGGUCCAAUACAGGUAACAGGGCACCACCCCCGCCCCCGAUCUUCCUGCGCAAAGCGACAGGAAUGGGUGACCCAGAUGAAGAUGAGAUAGUUCCCAUACCUGGAUCAGCAUCCACCACCGGUAGCUCUCAACCAGGUUCAGCCAAAGGAUUGAAUAUAUCUGGAAUGAUGAUACCUUCUCUGACUUCACCGACGGAGAUAGGAGGAGAACCAUCCAUAGAAGAAGAGGGGGAUGCAUUAGGCGAACUAUUGGCAUCGCCUAGACCAAGAUUGAACUUCAAUGCUUCUGCGGAAAAUGCACCUUCUUCACCCGCUUGGCAAUCCAUCGAAGCUACACCUUCGUCAGCCGGACUGAACCCUUCUUCUUCAUGGGGUAGAAGAACCUCCUUAGAAGUGCCUUCACCCCUGGGACCGAGAACCAAUGAAAGAAAAUUCGAGCCUACUCCUCAACAUGGUAUACACGCUAGAAACCUUUCGUUGUUCUUUCCUCAACCUGGAAACCCUAUACCUCAAAGACCCAAUGGAAGUCCCUUAUUGAUGGAGAGCCCUGUACAGCCUACCGAAAGUCUCAUACCGAGUGCAGGCGGAGAAAGGAAUGUAUUUGGUGGAACAGGUAAUUGGAGUUUCGGUCAGGCUGCUGUCCCCCAGGAUGAGAAUGGUCUGCAGACUCCGGAAGGUGUGAAAAGAAGUAAGAGGAGAGGGCAUCAUCACAAACACUCAUUAUCCCACAAUUUCUUCUCAUUCCUCGAUCCCACUCAGACCAAUCCUACGCUCGCCACCUCACCAUCACCUAAACCACCCACAACCCCUGGUCCCGAAGCUACACCUGCGCCGGUCCCCAUGCCCUCUCUAGGUGUCUCGGCAUUAAGUGCAGCAUCUCCUACUUUGUCACCCUUACCGCCAUCAAAAUCCGAUCCGAGAAAGCAAUUUUUACUGUCUUUCGCUUUAUUAGAGUUCCUGAUUGGAGCAGGAUUAUGGGUGGAAGGUCAAAUGUCAGGGUGGAGGUCGUUAGCAGGUGUCGGAUAUCUAGUGGUUUUCGAUGCGAUAGGUGUAGCGGUCGAGAUGGUCGCUAGGCAACAAGGGCAAGGAUGGAAUUCUAUACGUAGACCGUAUGGACCUUCGAGAUACAUCUCUUUGUUGUAUUUCACACAAUCAUUAUUCCUGGUAUUCUCAGCUGUCUAUAUAGCGAAAGAAGCCAUAGAGCAAGUCAUUCUUGGCUCAGGUGCUCAUGAUCAUUCGUUGGGAGGUCAUGGACAUGGUGAGUCUGUCAUGGAAGGCGACGAGAGGGAUUUCCCACAUUUCCUGUUAGGCUGUGCAGCGCUGGCUAGUACGUUUGGCGGGGCUGCUUUGGGGAACCAUGGAAAAUUGGUUGAUGCCGUUGGAUCACUCUUCCUGGCCUCGUCGUACCUCUCCUUGCCUUUCGUAUCGAAAUUCUCGUCAUUCCUUGCCAAUCCUUUUAGCUUGACCAUAGCGGGAGUCAGUGCAGGUAUAGGGCUAAGCACGUUGCUUGUACCACCAUCCGCGCUUCAUUCAUUAGACUCCUUCAUCUCCCUCAUUCUCACCAUCCUCACAUGUGCACUAUCUUACCCACCAACCGUGGCGUUUGCGCAUGUUCUACUGCAGACAGCUCCAUCCCCCUCCCAAACCCAGGUGAUUUCUCUUCGUAAAGCUCUCAAGGAGAUCAAAGAGGAUUGUAGAGUGCUGGGACUGGGAACGAUGAGGUGCUGGACCAUCACAGCAGGCAAAGGUUCCUACGAAGAUCGAUAUCCGUCCACGCCCUCGCACAGUCGUUCAGGAUCACUAGCAUCUUCGCCCAAAUUGGAAUCAUCGUCCAAGUUCUUCUCUCCCCCCAGCACACCCUCUCGUCAGACCUCUUUCGACGAUCAUUUGCAUUAUCCUUCACCUUACGGUGUACCUCCCAGCUCCAAUGGAAGGAAAGAGGAUGAUGGGGCACCUUUAGUGGUCACUUUGGCUGUUCAUGUACAUGAAGAUUCGAGUGAUAAAGAAAUACUAGAACUUACCAAAAUCGCUUAUCUGAAAUUGGAAAAUGCCAUUUCUAGCAAUACGAUCGGGGGGAUGAAUAUAUCAAGAAGAGAUGGAGAGGUCAGUGUGCAGAUCAAAAAAGGUUGGGAAGGGUUGGAAGAUGGUUAA